AUGAGUAAUGAACCAACGAGGAAUGUGGACGAUGAUAUUAGAAGAAUAUCUGAAGCAAUGGAUGUACUAGCAAAAUUAAUCAUUCAGAAGCAAAAGGAUGGAACACAAUUGAAAGUAGAAUACGAACAUAAGCUUAAAGAACUAAACAGUUUAAUUAAUUUAAUACUGAGCAUAUCAAAUAAUAGGAAGCCUGGUUCCGAUGGAGUCAGGGUUGACGAGGAAGCUUUAGACAGAAUUCUGCGAACAGGUGUAGAGAUCAUUGAAGGGAAGGGUAAACAAAGAUACGCAUUGAUUCCCGUGAUGAAUGACUGUACAAAAGAUAAAAUAACUGAUAAGGACCCAGAUAUUCCAGUCACUAGUAAGAAUACUAAGAAAAAGAAAAAAAAUAAGAUUGCUUGUUCUUAUUGUCAUGAAAUUGGACAUACAAGAGCAAAAUGUGAGAAAAGAUUACUAAAUCCUAUGAACUAA